CCCUUAAUUUGCUUAAAUGAAGCAGAACAGGAUGCACUUCUCAAAUGCCGUUAUUGAUUCUCAACAAACAUUGUGAACAGUAUACUAAAAUCAAUCUUCUUACUGAGACAGCAGAGAAUCUUGAUUACGGGUUAAAAUUUAUGAAAAGCUACAUGGAAUCAUUUAAAAGUGAUGACUUUGUAGAAGUCAUUAUCCCAGAACAAGAAUGAGAAAUAUACAAAAGUGAUUCUUCUCCAUUCAUGACGUUUGAUCAAUGUAUUGAGUAUUUCAGCAAAAUUAAAGAUAAAAAACAAAAGGAAAUUUCCCAAAGCCCAAUUCAUAAUCUCUCAACUGAAGAGUUAUUUUAUUGGCAUUUAUUCUCAACAGAACUCAUAACAGCUUCUCUCCAAUGAACUGAAUGUCAAGCUGGGCUCCCAUCUCGAGAAGGAAAGGACAUAGAUUACCAAAUAGAUGAAGGGGUUGCAAACAUGCUUGUUGUUUAG